AUGAAAGUAAUAUUAGUAACAGGAACGUCUUAUGGAGAAAUCGUCGUCCUUGAUGUUCCUAGGCAGGGUAACAUCUACAAACACAGGGAAACUCUACCAAGUUCGCUACUGUUCUUUGUGAUGCUAUUUGUAGUGCUGACCGUGAUAUGGGAGUUGAUCUGCCACAAGGAGAACAUUGUGGCGGGCACUUCUGAUGGAGUGAUCAUCAUAUUCACGUUCACACAGUAUCCGUGCACUUCGCUGAUAUGUUUCGAGGAUCGUAUUCUCGGAUCAUAUGGGUCGGGUCACCUGUGUUUGUUUGACCUCAAAUCUGGGUCACUGCUGUGUGAAAUUGGUGCGCACGCUCGGUUGAUAAACUCUCUGCAUCUGUCUCACAAUGAUCGAAUGAUCCUGUCAGCAGGUGAGGAUGCUUACGUGAGGCUGUGGAGGUUGUCUGAAAACUUGGACCAAGUCGAACACGUUUGUAACGUUCUCGUGGAAGAUUUGCUGAUUCAAGGAGCCAAGUUUGUUGGUCAGGAUAGUUCAUCAUUCGCUGUUACAGGUUACGAUUCUCAUGAGAUUGCAUUCUUCAAACGAAGUUGA